GCGGGGCCGUGAGGGGCCGCGACCGAGGCGGGGGGUGGGGGGGGACGGACCGAGAGCGGCCUCGCUCGGAGACGGGGUUGGAACCGGGGGAAGGAGACCCCCCCCCGCCCACCGGAGACCGCGGCGGCACCGAGCGAGCGAGCGGGGCCCGCGGCGCUGCGCUCAGCCAUGGACAAUCAGUGCACGGUUCAAGUAAAACUGGAGCUGGGGCAUCGAGCCCAACUGCGGAAGAAGCCCACCACCGAGGGCUUCACUCAUGACUGGAUGGUGUUUGUCCGUGGCCCGGAGCAGUGUGACAUCCAGCACUUUGUGGAACGUGUGGUCUUCCGGCUCCAUGAGAGCUUUCCCAAACCCAAGCGAGUGUGCAAGGAGCCCCCUUACAAAGUGGAGGAGUCUGGCUACGCAGGCUUCAUUAUGCCUAUUGAAGUGUACUUCAAAAAUAAGGAGGAGCCCAAAAAGGUGUGUUUCACAUACGACCUGUUCUUAAAUUUGGAGGGAAAUCCACCUGUGAACCACCUUCGCUGUGAGAAGCUGACUUUCAACAACCCCACCAAGGAGUUCAGACGCAAACUCAUUAGGGCUGGAGGGGUAAUGGUGAUGCCAGAAGGAGCAGAAACUGUUUCAAGGCCAAGUCCUGAUUAUCCGAUGUUACCCACGAUACCACUCUCUGCCUUCUCUGAUCCCAAGAAGACCAAACCAUCCCAUGGGUCAAAAGAUGCAAACAAGGAAAGUAGCAAGGCAUCCAAGCCACACAAAGUAACCAAGGAGCACAGAGAGAGGCCAAGAAAAGACUCUGAAAGCAAAAACUCCUCCAAAGACCUUGAAAGAGAGCAAAACAAGCCUUUGAAGGACUCCUCCAGAAAACCAACUGAGAACAAACUGCCUAAGGAGGAGAAGGCGCCUCCAAAAGCUGCUUUCAAGGAACCAAAACUGGCCGUGAAGGAGACCAAACUGGAGAACACUUCUCCAAAGGGUGGGCCACAGCCGGAAUUAAAGUCUUCCAGCAAGAGGCCCUCUAAUGUGGAGUCACCAAAGCCUAGUGCCAAAAAACAGAAGAAGAGUAGCUCCAAAGGGGUAAAGAAUAUCCUAGGGACAUCUCCCAGAACCUCAUCUUCCUCAUAUCCAGAGAAGAAGCAAACCAAGGAGAAGAUGAAUGCCAAAGUGGAAAAGGUAAAACCUGAAAGCGAGGCCAAGGAGAUCAAAAAGCCUGUGGAAAUGGAGGAGUCAAAUUCAGAGGAUGAAACCUCUUUCAAGUCAGAGGGGGUUAAGUCUGUCCAGUCCAGCCCUUCCAACUCCAGCUCCAGCUCCGACUCCAGCUCCGACUCUGAUUUCGAGCCAUCUCAGAACCACAGUCAAGGCCCGUUGCGCUCCAUGGUGGAAGAUCUGCAGUCAGAGGAGUCAGAUGAUGAUGACAGCUCCUCCGGAGAAGAGGCAGCAGUCAAAGCAAACCCAGUCAGCCGGGAUUCCAGACUGAGCCUGAGUGACAGCGACAGUGAUAACAGCGCAGAUUCCUGUCUGCCGAGUCGAGAGCCACCUCCUGGUCAGAAACUGCCCCCUGCAAAUAAUAAGGCAUCUGGAAGAAAAAGCCCAGAGUCUUGUAACAAGCCAGAGAAGAUCCUGAAGAAGGGCACGUACGAUAAGGCCUACACUGAUGAAUUAGUGGAGCUUCACAGGCGACUAAUGGCACUACGAGAGCGCAAUGUGCUACAGCAGAUUGUAAAUCUCAUUGAAGAAACCGGGCAUUUUAACGUUACCAACACAACCUUUGACUUUGACCUCUUCUCCUUGGAUGAGACGACCGUCCGCAAGCUGCAGAGCUACUUGGAAGCGGUAGCGACAUGACGCUUGGCCUCGGCAGCAGCUGCUUUUGAAACCAGAGAUCCCCUUGAUUGGUACCAGGAAACGAACCCAUGGAACUAGGCCUUCUUACUCUCCUGACUCACCCGAAGCACUGCCUUAGAGAACAGCCAUGCUCUAUGAAUGCACAGCCAGCUGCACUUUCUUGUAGGCUUCAAACAAGCACCCGUAUUGCUGAGUCUGUCCUCCCUGGCUUCCUCCGUCCACUUGGGCGCAGGUCCUGAGUAGAGCAGAGGAUGUGCUGCACUUAACCUCCCGGCGCGACCUUUCCUGUUCUACUUCAAGCAGCUGUGUUUGAAGAGCCCGUUUUCAAGCGUCUCUGAGGGCUGAAGAAGUGUGGAUGAUGUUUUCAUCACCAACCCUAGGGACCAUCUGCCUGCAGAGAGCUCCAGUGAGUCCAUUGCCUGCAGCUCUGCGAGGAAGCGUUGAUGCUGUGUAAGUAAGAUUGGCUUUUACAAAGCUGAACCCGAGAGGUGGGUGCCGCUGCUCUGCUGUAGAGGAGAUGGACAGAUCCCCGUUGUGAUCACUCCCAAGCUCGUUCUGGUGCAGAGCACUGCUGUAAUGUGGCUCCUGAUCCUGUUCCACGGGCAGGACCUUCAGCUUUGUGCUCUUUGAAGAGGCCUCUGGAAUCUGCUGUCUCCCACUGGGGUUUGGAGAUGUUUUGUUGAUCUGAGCUCCUAAACAAAGUCUCACUCCUUUCAGUCUGCUUUAACUGUAAUAGGACUACAAAACUGUAAGCUGUAUAUUUUAUAUAUAUAUUAUAUAUAUGUAUGUACUGUAUGUAUAAGAAGGGCCUAGUUGGGUCUUAUGAUCUUAAGGGUGUGUUUUUCUGUUCUCUUUUCUAAAGGCUCUGGCAGGGGAAGGGCGCUUAAGAACAUUUGACUUGCUUGUUAAAAUGCCUCUUGUGGACAAUUCCUAAUGUGUGGAAGCCCAGCAGUGAUGUUGGAAGCGCUCAGUGCUUCGGAAGGGGCUCACCUCUCGUCUCCUCACUUGUCAGUGUUUGAUGCUAACUUUGCCAAAAGAUGUGAUUGGUUUUGCUCUUAUGUUCUCAAAGAGGAAUCUCCUACAGUGGCCCCUAUAGUAGUGGCUGUACUUUGGGAAAACCAAAACAAGGGAGAGUUUUAUCUUUGGACACAGCUGGAAAACGCUGACGUAGGAAAUGGGUGAAGUUGGGUUUGUUUCCUCCUCCCUCUCCCGUCCUGCUGCCUGUUCAGGAACCGGUAAACACUAAUCCCAGACCUCUCCUAUGUUUCUAGUUAAACUAGUGUUGGCUUCCAAGUGUUGUCUAGGUGGGUGUGUGGAAAGUCCCGGAGCUUUCAUUGAACCUCUGUUACAUUCCUGCUCCCAAAACUCAGUAUUUCCUUGAAGAAUUGCUCACUUUUCCCCAUCAGUGUCUAAGCUGUUGCCAAAUGUGAGCUGGGCUGCGGGUGUGAGGAGGAGCACGGCUCUGCUCCGAGGGCUUCCCCCCAGCUCUGUGACAGCCCCAUGGGGGGGAGCUGGGGAGGCUGCAUCACGCCGGGCUCUGCUGUGUCCCUUCUCCACCCUAAAACCCAGUCCCUUGUUUUGGGUUCCCCCUUUCUUUAUCAUGGAAAUGUUGCAACUAAUCAACUCAAGUGGCAAUAUGAUGAUAAGCUUGUUUGAGUUGGGUCAUGUUGACCCGAUUCCCGUUAAUUUUGUCUUUGUACCAUCUUUCAUGUGUUGUGUGUGUGUGUGUAUAUAUAUAUAUGCAUAUAUAUAUAUAUAUAUAUAUAAAAGAACCAAGCUCAUGCCAGGCGCAAACCCUGUCACGACAGUGAUCUCAGCUGUUUCCUUCCUUGAUGGACGAUGCCAAGCCUGGAGCGAGCCCUGGCUCCUGACAGCACUUCUGGGCCCCAUGGUGGCCUCUGGGGUUACCCAUAGGGGUGUGGAGGUGCCUCCUGCCCCUUCUCCUGUGAAGAUGCAGAGGGGUCCCCCCCACACUGCUCCCAGCCCGUCCAUGAACACGCAUGGGAGGGUGUUCCUGAACGCGGCUGGAAGCACCCAGGGUCCUGCUCUGGCAUCGUCCCGUCCUGGAAGCGACUGUAGUGGUGAUGAGCGGUGAUAGGAAUCCCGUUUGGGUUUUAUAACAAGUAUUUUACACAUGGAUUUUUUUAGACUGUUUAUAAUCUCCUUGAACACCUGAAAUAGGAUUGUUCCCCCCCCCCCCCAGCAAUAGUUCUUUUCCAUUGUGUGCACAUGCGGAUUUGUUACUAAACAAGUACUUAGUUGUUCUACAGAGUUGUUGUUUCUUGGGGUAUGUGGUAGCGUUGGGGACCACAGGAGGAAAUGACUCUGCAACCAAGGCUCGGUCCCGUUUGGGCCUCAUUGUGUCCCCUUCUAGUGGGGUCUGAGCGCGUUCCCUGUGUAGGUUCCCUGUAGGCUGGCUGGCCGCUGUUCUGAACAUGCCGUGUACAGGUAUUUGUGGGUAAAGUGUUUGUUCUUGUGUCACUCUUGAGAGCAUGGAUGGAGUAUUGUACUAUAGGAAGGAGGUGGCAGUGCUGCCCUCGGCAUUGCUUCAGGUCUUCGAGGAUGUUGUAGUAGCGUUGUUAAAAUGGGGGAAAAAAGAAAAAAGGCAAAAAAAAGCAAAAAGAGGAAAAAACAAAAAAAGACAAAAAUAGCCAAAAUUGACUUGUAGCCAUAAUGGUUGUCCAAGGAAAAUGAACUCUGUUACUUCCCGGUGUCCUUCGUCUCGGUACUGAGGGCACGAGCUGGUGCCAGUGGGGCUGAAGGCUUUCAGAGGAGUGUGAGUGGUGCUGGAGCUGUCAGGAUGCGGCUCUUCAGCUCUCCCUCGGUGCUGAAGGGGCACAAGAGGGGUCAGGGCACGCUCCUGGUGUCCUGCUCUGCCUCUUCAGCCGUGAUGGAUUGCAGCGGCCGAGCGGUGCCCAUGGAUCCAUGGAAGUGCAAUCAGUGCUUUGGCCACCAGUUCUUCCCUUGCUGCAUCAGGACCAGCCCAAGCGAUGGAUGCAUCAAUCCCGAAGCGGGUUUUGUCCCAUCUUGAACGGAUUUGAUGGCAGGAGAGGGUUAAACUUCCCUUUUGGAGCUUGCCACCAGCGGGAGCCAGGUCACUGGUUCCAUGUUACUUCCAAAGCCUGGGAUCAAUGGGGUCCUGGUGUGCUGGGGCAUGGAAUAGCCAUCAAAACCUGCCGAGUUUGCACUCCGAAAGCAAAUGUAAGUACUUCACCUUCUAGAUGACUUUUAAUUGUAUUCUGCCUAGAGCCGAGGUAUUAAAUACCUUGUCACUUGAGGAUGGUCAAAGUUGUGUUGGGAACGGGAAUUCUUCACUCGGCUGUAAGAAAUGCAGCUGGCCCAAGACUAACUUCAAGAUUAAAUCAUGUUUGUAAUAACGGUCCAGGAUUUGUUUGUCCUGAAUUUUAAACUUUUUGUUAAAUUUGUGGAACUAUGGAGGAAUUUUCUAGAAAAAGUGAAAUAAAGUAAGAUGGAAAAGUAAAA